CAGCGUCGCCGGCGCCGCCGCCAUUGUCCGGCAGGCAGUGAGUCGAGCGGUUCUGGUGGCGGGUCAAGCUGUUGGUUUAGGGUCGCCUCGGGCGCUUGUCCUCAACUUCUCGUUCCAUGAUGGACCCCGAGAGAGAAGCGGCAGCACUGGCGAUGGCUAUAGGGCCGCCGGCGGAACGGCUUCAGGAGCCAGUGACGUUCCGGGACGUGGCUGUGGACUUCACACAGGAGGAGUGGGGGCAACUGGGCCCUGCACAGAGGACCCUGUACCGUGAUGUGAUGCUGGAGACCUUUGGUCACCUGCUCUCUGUGGGGCCUGAGCUUCCAAAACCAGAAGUCAUCUCCCAGCUGGAGCAAGGGGCUGAGCUGUGGGUGAUGGAGAGAGGAAUUGCCCAGGGCUGCUGCCCAGACUGGGAGCCUGGACCUGAAGGUCGAGUGCCACCUGAGGAGCAGGGCCUUCCUGAGGAGGAGCCAUCCCAUGUCUCAGGAAGGGAAGGCUUCCUGAGGGAUGCUCCCUGUCCCACAGCACUAGGGGGAGACUGGGAACAUGAGGGCCAGGUAAAGACACCCAAGAAGGACCAGGAUAAUUUGAGGCAAUUGGAAUUUAGCCUUGAGGAAGCACCAAUUCGAGAUAGAGGCUACAAAAGUCUCGGACUUGGAGAAAACUGUGUCCUGAGUUCAGUCUUAAACCCAUUCCUGGGGAUUACUGGGAGAGAAGGUUUCUGUACUUACAACUCACAGGUUACAGACACAGAGCGUAACUCAGGCUUAGUCAGUCAGCAAAUAGGCUCCUCAGGAGAACAGCCAUGUGACAGCAGUGACUGGAGUAAAGCUUCCAGUCAGGCCAUUCCUGUUGUGGAACUCACACGCAGCCAGGUACAGGAUAAGCCCUACAAAUGCACAGACUGUGGGAAGUCCUUUAACCAUAAUGCACACCUCACAGUACAUAAGAGGAUCCACACAGGAGAGAGACCUUAUAUGUGCAAAGAGUGUGGGAAAGCCUUCAGCCAGAACUCCUCCCUGGUUCAGCACGAGCGAAUUCACACAGGAGACAAGCCCUAUAAGUGUGCCGAGUGUGGGAAGUCUUUCUGCCAUAGCACACACCUCACCGUCCAUCGGAGGAUUCACACCGGAGAGAAGCCCUAUGAGUGUCAGGACUGUGGGAGGGCCUUCAACCAGAAUUCCUCCCUGGGCCGGCACAAACGGACGCAUACUGGAGAGAAGCCAUACACCUGCAGUGUGUGUGGGAAAUCCUUCUCACGGACCACUUGCCUGUUUCUGCAUCUGAGGACUCACACUGAGGAGAGGCCCUACGAGUGUAACCACUGUGGGAAGGGCUUCAGGCAUAGCUCCUCCCUGGCCCAGCAUCAGCGGAAGCAUGCUGGGGAGAAGCCCUAUGAGUGCCGCCAGAGGCUGAUCUUUGAGCAGACACCAGCUCUAACGAAGCACGAGUGGGCGGAAGCCCUGGGCUGUGACCCACCCUUGAAUCCAGAUGAGAGGGCUCCCCGGAGUGAUAGGCCCUUCAAGUGUAAUCAGUGCGGGAAGUGUUUCAUUCAGAGCUCGCACCUCAUCCGACACCAGAUAACUCACACCAGAGAGGAGCCCCGUGGACGGAACCGGCGUCGUGAGCAGCCAUUUGGCCGAGGCUCGCACCUGGGCCAGCCUCAGCAUCAGCACCCACACUCGGGCGAGCACCCUGGGGGCGAGACAGAGGCGGGACAGCCUGCAAACCGGGCGCUUGCUCUAUUUGACAUCCACGAAAUCAUGCAUGAGAAAAACCCGGUGCAUGUCAUCGGGGUGGAAGAGCCUUCCAUGGGCACAUCCAUGUUAUUUGACAUCAGAGAAUCCACAUAGGGAAGAAAGCCUACAGAUGACUUUUGAACCACAGGUACAAAAAUGUGGUGAGUCCACAUAAUAUAUCCACAGAAAGGGGUACUAGGGGUAGAAGUGGCGAUCGUGACCUCUGAUGUCCUAGGGAAAUCGUGCUUCCUGACACCUGAGUUGGUGCUUCUCAAAUCUGUCAAGCCCAGUGUCCCUUUAACCAUAGAUAAUUGUACUGUUCCCUCUAACACCCCGAAAUAAAUUCAUAGGUAAUGUAGUCUACACACAUGUGUAAUGUCAAAAAAUCAAUAUACAGCCCCAUUUUGUAAAGGAUAAUUAAAAGGAAAGUAAUUUGUGAUAGAGUAACUUGUCCUGAGUUGGUACAGUAUUUAUCUGUUUGACUGUGUGGGCCAUUACACCCAGAAAUCUGGGACAUUGCCUGUCACUUGCCAUCUGGCACACGAGGUGCGAUGUUGGCCACAGAAAUAUUGUGAGGGGCCUUCCUGUAUGGGAUGUGGUUUUCCACAGUGGUGACUAACUCCUGCAAGAGCUUUGAACAAAAUAAAAUGCUGUUGCGUUUCUGGAA